AUGCGUUUGUUCAAGGGUAACAUUGGUCAACCCCCAUACGGUUUCCCAGAACCACUAAGAACUAAAGUUUUGCGCGGAAAACCCAAGGCGAAGGGAAGAGCUGGAGAAGAAAUACCACCUAUGGACUUUGCAAAAGAAAAGAAAGCUUUGGAAGAGAAACAUGGAAGACCAAUGAGAGAUCAAGAUCUAAUGUCGCAUGCGAUGUACCCAGCAGUUUUCGACGAAUUUGAACGAUUCCGACAGCAGUAUGGACCAGUCGAUAAACUACCGACGAGAAUAUUCCUCACUGGAUUAGACAUUGCCGAAGAGCUUGACGUAGAGAUCGAAGAAGGAAAGACGCUUGCCAUACAGCUGCUUGCUGAAGGAAAACUGAAUUCAAAAGGAGAGCGUGAAGUCUUCUUCUACCUGAAUGGUCAAAUGAGGAGUAUAUUCAUUCAGGAUAAAGAAGCUUCCAAGACAAUUAUAACGCGAGCUAAAGCUUUACCUGGAGUACGUGGAUCCAUAGGUGCACCUAUGCCCGGUGAGAUUCUGGAGUUCAAAGUGAAGGAAGGAGACAAGGUUUGUACACACGCACAAAACGUAGCUUAA